AUGAACAUUUUCAAGUUUAUAUAUAUGCCUAAAUUAUAUUUUAGUAUUUAUAAUGAAUAUCUAAACACAUACAGAAAGAAAAUUAAUAAAAUUCCUUUUUCUAUAAGAAGAACAGCAUCCGAUAAUUUGCCAGUUUUUCUAAAAUACAAAAAUAAUAAAAACAUCGUCGUUACAGUUAUAAGAAAAAUUAAAGGAAACAAAGAGAUUUUAAAAAAGGAAAUCGAAGCAAUUUGUAACAUCAACGUUAUUGAAAAGCCGGAUUGCUUUAUGAUAAAAGGAAAUCACAAGAAGAAGAUAAAAGACUAUUUUAAAUAUAUUGGCUAUUGA